AUGCUGCUGCCAUGCAAGCUCGCACUGCCCGAGCCAGGUCACACGGGGCCGCUUUGGGCCGCCACCCUCGCCGAACGCCAUACCGCACUUGCCACCGUGUUGGGAGGAGAAGAGAGGUGUGGGAGUGAGCAAAGUAUCGGCCGCGAAUGUUCGCGUUGGCUCGGGUUGAUGAUAAAGCAGGUUCCCAAACUCAACCUUUCAAAGGUUCCAGGCUGCGUCCCGUCGCUACCUCAUCGUCCUCGCCCACGAACAGCCAAGAGCAAGCUGCCGCCUCAUUCGAGCUCGCCCAACACACGACACUACAGCCGCGGCCGACCUCGGGCGCUCGCUGCCGCCACCUCAGCACCUCAUGCUCCGGCCGCAACGGUGGUCAGGCCCCGUCACCGUCUUCCACGCCGACGGGGACCAGCUCGCGCCGCCUGCGCGCACCCGCUGUGUUGCGGUGGCUCCCGACGGGGACGAGCUUGUGCGUGGAGCACCAGCUGCGGCUCGGCUGCGCCGGCGUCCGUGUCCACGCCAAGCCCCUAUUCUCGUGACCCUGUGGAUGAGCUCGUGUUGCCCGUGGCGGCUAGGCCGGGGCUCCCACCGGCCGGAGCUGAGACUUGGAUCCGUAUCUCUGGAAUUGAAGGGAAGGGAAGGACCGGGCUUCCUGUGCUUGGAGUGCAAGGGGACGGGAAGAUGAACAGGUCUAGUGGCUAUGCGAUGAGUUCGUAG